AUGGCUGAAUCCGAUUUGUGGUCCGUGGAUGCCAAUUCAGCAUUGGAGCUGAGUCUAGUAGAGUCAACCGAAGAUGGCUUGACAACAGUGACCCGUUUUCACCCACGCUUCACGUACCCCCUCUUUGGUGAAGAGGAGCAAAUCUUCGGCUACCAAGAUCUGAAAAUCAACCUCCAAUACCAUGCCCCAGACAUGCGCCCUAAUGUCAAGAUCACCCACAGCAAGAAAUUCAAAUCCAUUGGCGAGACCCAGCCAACAGAUCUUGAUGCCUUGCUCCAGGAGUAUCUCCCUCCCGUCGCAUUCGCCAAGAACCGUGAUUUCCAAGAUGCAGUUCGCUUAAUGCCGGCCGACUGGACGCCCCCGGGCGAGAUUCUCUCAGAGUUUGAUGGCGCGGAUGGUACCAAGUUUGAAAUUCGCAGGUCCAACCUCGCCGACGAUGCGACGAGACAGAUCAUAGACCGCGUUCAGCUACUUAUACUACUCUUUAUCGAGGGUGGCAGCUACAUCGGCACCGAUACCAACGACUCACUCGAUCGCUGGGAUAUAUUUUUCCUUUACAACAAGAAACCCUCGACUGACGGCAACUCGCGCUACCAGUUUGCGGGAUACUCUACCGUGUACAAGUUCUUCCCACUGCAGCGCUUUCCGCUGGAGCCGAAGGAGGCGCAUAAGAACCUCGAACUGCCCUCGGAGGAGUUUCCAUUUUCAAAUCUACGGAGUCGUACUCGCAUAUCACAAUUUCUCAUCCUCCCACCGUUUCAAAAGUCAGGCCAUGGAUCUCGCCUCUAUCGUACGAUUUACGAGUACUGUCUACGUGACCCCAACGUGAUUGAGGUUACCGUGGAGGACCCCAAUGAGGCCUUUGACGACAUGAGAGACGUAGCAGAUCUGGAUUUCCUCCGCCAAAAACCAGAGUUUACCAAUUUGCGCAUUAAUACAGACAUUCAGAUACCAAGACAGGGCGCCGCCCCGCGUAACGUCGUCGACGAGGUCAAGUCAGAAGAGGUGCGUUGCUUGUACAGGAUCGCACCGAGGCAAUUUUCGAGGGUAUUGGAGAUGCAUCUCAUGUCGAAACUUGCAGACACGGUCAGGCCGACUCUGGCCGACACCAAAGUUGUUGCCAAACCUACCAAGGCUGAGACACACGAGUAUGACCUAUGGAAGCUCUUCGUGAAGCAGAGACUCUACCGGCAUAACAAAGAAGUGCUGAGCCAACUUGACCGUCGUGAUCGUAUUGACAGGCUCAAUGAAACCUUGGGCAGUGUGGAACUCGAGUACGCUCGUAUCUUGGCCCUUGCUGACGGGCGGUCUCGGGCCGCCACUUCAUACCUCAAGCGCAAGCUGGAUGAUGACGAAGACGCAGGGGCAAGCUCAAGCAAGAAGGCGCGGAUUGAGGAUGCAUAA